AUGGCUUCUUCUCUUCUCAAAACCUCAUCAACCAUAAUUUGCACAACACUCGCCAUUUCAACAUCGAUUCUAAUCUUCAUCAUUGUUUUCUCAUUUUCGAACCAUCCUAAAUGCCUACAGACUGACAUCAUUCACAUGACAACACAUCAAUCUUCAUUGCCAUCUUAUCACACAACAAACAUUUCCAACCUUGUUUUUGCAAUUUUGGGGUCUACAAAUGCAUGGCACUAUCGAAAAUCCUACAUUGAGUCAUGGUGGCGUCCAAACAUCACACGUGGCUACCUCUACCUUGACACAGCUCCCACAGAUGAUCUCUUGCCAUGGUCGCAUGCCUCCCCUCCUUUUCGUAUUUCUGAUGAUAAUACAAAGUUAUUGGAGGAAACAAAACAUCUUUCACCAUUCAUGGUGCGAAUGGUGCAUGCGUUGAUUGAGGUUUUUAGGGAAGAGAGGGAAGGGGUACGAUGGUAUAUCAUGGGAGAUGAUGACUCGAUCUUUUUUGUUGACAAUUUGGUGGAUGAAUUGUCAAAAUAUGAUCAUACAAAGUACAUAUACAUUGGUGAUAACUCGGAGAGUAUAGCAUCAAAUCAAAUAUUUUCGUAUGACAUGGGAUUUGGUGGAGCCGGAGUCAUAUUGAGUUAUCCAUUGGCGGAAAUGGUGCAAAAAAAUCUUGAAGAUUGUCUUGGAAGGUACCCGUAUUUGAGGUUUGCCGAUCAAACAUUGAUGACUUGUAUUAAUGAUUUCGGAGUUUCACUAACUAUUCAUCGUGGCCUUCAUCAGAUGGAUCUACAUGGGGAUGUAUCUGGAUUUUUAUCUUCACACCCACAAACUCCAUUGCUUUCCCUCCAUCAUUUAGACCACCUUGACCCGAUCUUUCAAUCUAUGGACCGUUUUGAAUCUGCAAAACACCUCAUGAAAGCUGCAGACAUUGACCAAUCUCGUUUGGUGCAACAAACUAUAUGUUAUGAUAGACGAUUAACUUGGUCUUUUUCAUGCUCAUGGGGCUAUUCGGUUCAGAUUUAUGAGAAAGUCAUUCCUCGUAGCAUCCUAAAGUUCCCCUUUGAGACAUUCAAGCCAUGGUUCUUGGACUCUCAGCCACCUUUAUUCAUCUUCAACACAAGACCAGUACUCUCAAACGAUCCAUGUGCAACUCCUCAUGUGUUUACAUUUGAAUCCAUAAAAACUAUCAAUGAAAGUGAAGUUCUAACAAAUUAUGUGCGCAUGGCUUCACGUGGGUUGUCGACUUGUGAGUUCGCUGGAAACCAUUCUGCAGAUUUGAUCUCUAGAAUUGAAGUUGUGUCACCGAUGAAAAAACCCAAGCAGGCGAGUUAA